AUGGCAAUAAUGCAGUACUCCUCGGGGAGGUUCAAACCCAACAUUGAUGUAGCUCCCUUUUGCCCUCGUCGUGCCUCCUCCAACACCAAGUUCUGUUACUUCAACAACUACAGCGUCUCCCAGCCCAGGUACUUCUGUAAACCCUACCGCCGCUACUGGACUAGAGGCGGCUCUCUCCUCAAUGUCUCCGUCGGCGACGCUUCCCGUAAGUCCCACCCUACCAAACCCUCUCUCCAUUCCCCUUGUCCUGCACGCCUUUCCUUCAGCGUCAUUUCUUGUUCUCAGGACCUGAAUCCAGAGCUUCCCAUAUUGACAUGGCCCUCUUGUUCGCCAAGAUUUUUAACCAUGACACCACCUCCCCCUGAGAAUUCCAUCACCAGCCCGUGA